AUGACAGUCGAGGAAUCGUUUGAUCAAGUGGAAAAGAUGCUGGAGGAGCACAGGCAACAACGCAAAGAGCAGAGACCUCGUCGAGUCGAAGCGUUGACCGAGGCGUCUCCAUUGCAGCGCCACACGUUCGUCUUUGCACCGCUGGAUGACUCACGUAUGCUGUCUGAACUCGCAGCACAAGACGCAGUGGAUGCCCGAGAAGGAUUAAAGAAAGGCGAGUCCGAAAUGGACAUGGAAGUCGGUGGCUCGAAUGUGAAGCUCAAGUAUUUCGGACCGGAUGCACGCACCUCGUACUAUUUAAUGUACAAGGAGCUGCAUAGCAAACCUCAUCUUUUCGUCGAUCGUGACACGCAUGAGCACCGUCAUCACAGCUCGAUACGCAGUAACUCAACUGUAACUGGACGGAGACGCUCGAUAGGGAUGCGACGAGCUCUACCGACGUUAGAGCAAGCGCAGAUUUCUCUUGGUAGCGGAGGAGACUUGAACCUGCUAUCAUCGGCACCCCGGUCACCACGCACGCUCUUCUUAGGUGCAAGUCUCGCAGGGGGUCAGACGGCGCCAACGCUUUUGUUACGGAAGGAACACAACCAACGAACCUUCGACCUCAGCCAUCAGGGGCUGGAUGACAACUUUAUCAUUCGCUUCGCUGCGUGUUUACCUGAACUGCCGCUAGUCGAGUGUAUCAACGUGUGUGACAACCGAUUAACGGACGCAGGGAUCAGCUGCUUACUACGAGCGCUGGAGAACAAACCGCACUUGACUUCACUUGACAUUUCGUCGAAUCCCAUUGGUGUCGAUGCUGCGAACAUCCUUCGAGGGUAUAGCCGCUCCAACUUGUGUACGUUGCGAAUACUGGCGUUGAAUGAAGUCUCGCUGAGUGAUCACGAGUGUGCGCGACUAGCGAAAGCCUUGGAACGCAACAAAUCGAUUGAUCGGCUUUUGCUCCGUGGGAACCAGAUUGGGUUACACCAUGUGGGUACAGGGGUACACUCAUUAGAUUUUGGUGAAGAUGAAGAAGAAAAAGAGAAGCCUAUUACGCUCUUAUCAGGGGGUCAAGCGCUCGGUACCAUGCUCACAGCUAAUCUUACACUACAACACUUGGAUUUAUCAUGGAAUCAACUACGCACUAGUGGUUGUGGCUUCAUUGCUGCAGCUUUACCGAUGAAUUUUCACUUGCGAGAACUUCGACUUAACGGUGCACGGCUAAGAAAACUAACGAUAAGUUACAACGGUAUCUCCGCUCGAGGGUGUGUGGGUCUAGCCAGUGGUCUGGCUGUGAAUGUAUCGUUAUCGAUGCUCACUCUGGACGGAAAUCCUCUCGGUGUUCAAGGCGGUAAAGCUCUCAUGCACGCCAGUUGUGCACCACGACCAAAUACGGGAUCAUCGUCGACUGUGUGUCAGCUAUCGCUCUUGGACUGUAACUUGCAUGUAUCGGCUCCGAAGAUGUCAGCAGCAACGGGAGACGAGCAAUUGCAUGUUUUUAAUCCGGUAGAUCCAGCAGGUAGCUACGUAUUGGACCUCAGUGACGCCUACGAGCACAUGGUAGCACACGAAUUACUGCGACUUGCAGUAGCGAAAUCUGCACGUUUCCACUUUACAAAGCUCGAGUAUAACGCGUCGAUGCAAAGAGGACAAGGAACAAAACUCGAAAUGGUAAAUCGAUGCGUGAGUCCUUCUUCAGCGCCCGAGGAACUCAUCGAUACCACUAGCAGUGGGAAAUAUCUAAAACCAGUCGCAUUGCUGUUCCAGCGACUUGAUGAAGACGGAUCGGGCUAUGUGGAGUAUAGUGAGCUUGGAAAUGCUCUACGUAGCUGCGAAUUUGCUGAUCUCUUCGCUCGUGUUGGGUUUACGUUUGUCGAUUCGAAUAAUUCCGGUUCAUUAGAUACAGACGAGCUUCGACGCGCAUUUCAGCUACUGGGUGUGUCGGAAGAAGCCGAAGUCGACGAUGCCAUUGCUCGCAUGACUGCUAAGUACGAUCUGGAUGGUUCGGGGGAAAUUGACGCUUUCGAGCUCCUGGAAUUUAUGACUUCCGAAAUUUUUACAGUUAAGGAUCCCCAGAAAGCCAACGGAAACGAGGACGCGAAAAUAAUGAGACUUGAACCGUGCGAAGUUGGUACUGGGGCAUUCUGGCAGGUUCCGGAUUCUGGUCAACUCACGGCAGACUUCGCUCACUGUGGCGGGCAGACGGAAUUUCUACACAGCGUGCUCGCUGAAUCGGGAAUGUACUUAUCUGCGUCUCAAGGCGAGCAGCUACUUACUCGACAGGGGGUAGCUUCAUCUACUGAGCGACCGGGUCGGAGACUGCCAGCUCUUGCGAAAUUGCUGCCUCGCAUUGUCGAUCACCCAGCUAGCGUUGCGUCGUUGGUUGGGUACUCAACUGUACAGUGUCUUGGUAGGUUCUCUGACUAA